CCAAUACGCACAUUAAUCUUUUAUGCUGGUCACUCUUCGCCUUCUGCAAUGGCUUGCAACAAAAAUCAAGGGAGCUCUUCAUCACACACCAAUAAUUUUGAUGUGUUUGUUAGCUUUAGAGGCGCAGAUACUCGUAACGGUUUCACAAAUCACCUUUUUGCAGCUCUUCAAAGAAAAGGAGUUGUUGCUUUCACAGAUGACCAAACAAUCCAGAAAGGGGACUUUUUGGAGUCUGAACUCUUGCUCGCAAUUGAAGGAUCACGCGUUUUCAUUGUUGUCUUCUCAAAGGACUAUGCAUCAUCCACAUGGUGCAUGAAAGAGCUUACGAAGAUCGUCGAUUGGGUUGAAGUAACAGGUCGAAGUUUGCUCCCUAUUUUCUAUGAUGUCACUCCUUCUGAGGUCCGAAAACAGAGUGGAGAGUUUGCAAAAGCUUUUGCUGAACACGAAGAAAGGUUCAAAGAUGACUUGGAAAUGGUAAAAGAAUGGAGGGCAGCUCUCAAAACAAGCUGCGAUCGUUGUGGGUGGGAUGUGCAAAAUAAGCAACAAUAUGAAGAAAUUGAAAACGUUGUUGAAGAGGUAAUCAACAUAUUGGGUCGUGAUCAAAUUUGGAAUUUUGGCGAUGAUUUAGUUGACAUGCAUUCUCGUGUUAAAAAAUUGGAAGAACUUCUAGAUCUGAGUGCUAAUGAUAUUGUUCACCUUGUGGGAAUUGUUGGAAUGGGUGGAAUAGGAAAGACCACACUUGCAACUGCAUUGUUCAAUAAAAUCUCUCCUCAAUUUAAUGCUUGUUGUUACCAUGAUGAUUUAAGCAAAAUUUAUUGUAAUUUUGGAGCAGCAAGUGCACAAAAACAACUUCUUUGUCAAGCUCUAAAUCAAGGAAAUAUCGAGAUACACAAUGCUUCCCAUGGAACUAUGUUGAUAAGAACUAGAUUAUGUCACUUAAAAGCGCUUGUUGUUGUUGAUAAUGUUGAUCAAGUUGAACAAUUAAAGAAAUUGGGUUUGCAAUCUGAAUAUCUGGGUGCAGGGAGCAGAAUCAUCAUAAUUUCUAGAAAUUGUCGUAUCUUGCAAAAUUACGGAGUAAAUAAAGUUUACGAAGUUGAAGUCUUGGACAAAACUCAAUCUCUUCAAUUACUUCUCAAUAAAGCUUUUAGAUCGAAUGAUAUUGGGAAAGAACAUAAAGGGUUGACAUUAGAUAUACUGAAGUAUGUGAAUGGUCUUCCAUUAGCUAUUGAAGUAUUGGGCUCAUUUUUACUUGAUCGAGAUGUUUGUGAAUGGAGAAGUGCAUUGACUAGAAUGGAAGAAAAUCCAAGCAAAGAUAUCAUGGAUGUCUUGCGAAUAAGUUAUGAUGGAUUGGAGAAUAUAGAGAAAGAAAUAUUUCUAGAUAUUGCUUGUUUCUUCUCCAAUAAUAAUUCCUACUCAUGGGAGCCAACAGUGAAGAAAUUUUUGGACUAUCGACAAUUUUUUCCUGACAUUGGUAUGAAAGUUCUGAUUGAGAAGUCACUUAUAAGUCGUCAAAAUGGAGAUAUUAAAAUGCAUGGCUUGUUGAAAGAGUUGGGUAAGAGUAUUGUCCGAGAAAAAGCACCCAAAGAACCAAGGAAGUGGAGCAGGUUAUGGAACUACAAGGAUCUCCAAAAAGUCAUGAAAAUAAAUAAGGAAGCCGAAAAUGUUGAAGCUAUAUUUAUUGAACAACAUGAAAAAGAGUUUCUACAAGGAAGAAUAAGAGUGGAUUCUUUAUCAAAAAUGGAUCACCUUGAGUUGCUCAUUCUGAAGAAUGUGAACUGUUAUGGAACUCUCAAUUUCAUUUCUAAUGAACUGAGAUAUCUAUUUUGGAAUCACUUUCCUUGGUUGUCUUUGCCAUCAACUUUCUUUCUAGAUCAACUUGUAGAAUUGAUCCUACCUCAUAGCAAUAUCAAGCAACUAUGGGAAGGAAAAAAGUGUCUGCCUAAUUUGAGAAAUUUGGAUCUGAGACACUCCAAAAAUCUUAUUGAGGUGCCAGACUUAAGUGAGGUUCCACGUCUGACGGAUCUUAAUCUCCAAGGAUGUAUACAACUAGUCCACAUUCAUCCAUCCAUUGGUAUUCUAAGAGACCUUCGUCGUUUGAAUUUGAUGAAUUGUAAAAAUCUUGUCCUUAAUCUGAAUAUCCUUUUUGGGAUCAGUUCACUCAAGACCUUAAAUAUCUCCGGCUGUUCAAAAUUACUUAAUGGUAAGAUGUUAAUGGUCCCAAGUGACACAAAACAUUUGGAGAAAGUUGAUAAAAAUACAAAUAUCAUCCAAUUGCCAACAUCCUCUGUAUACAAACUUCUAAUGUUGUCUUUCCAUUUUUUCUACCCUCCAAAACCUCAAGAUUCACUUGGUUUGUUAUCGUCUUCUUUGUCUUUCUUUGUCCCGUGUUUAUGUGAUCUUGACAUAAGCUUCUGUAAUCUACUUCAAAUCCCAGAUGAAAUUGGGAACUUAUGUUCUUUAAAAAAAUUAAAUUUGGGGGGAAACAAAUUUGUGACACUACCAAGCACCAUCAAGCAACUUUCCAAGCUUCGAUGUUUGAUUUUGACACACUUCAGGAGCUAAAAUAUUUGCCCGAGCUUCCAACAAUACAAGAAAAAACAAUUGACAGAUACAGUAGGCGCUUAUACACUUUUGACUGCCCCAUGUUGAGUGAUAUGGAACACUGUUAUAGCAUAGUUUUUUCUUGGAUGACGAAAAAUCUUGAGGUGACGACGACUCCAUCCUUUCUUUUGUGUCUCACUUUUUCUGUGUACACUAUUUAUGUAUAACUGGAUUUGCUUUAAUCAGGUUUACUUGGUCCCUCGGAUGGAAAUUGUUAUUCCUGGAAGUGAAAUUCCAAAAUGGUUAAUUUCUAAGGGAAAGUAUCCUCCUUCAAAGCAUUGCAACAAGAUGGGUCAUCCUCAUUUUGGAGAAGGCCUGACGCUAAAUGCAACAAGUGCAAUCAACUUGGGCAUGAAGCUGUCAUAUGCAAGAACCAAAAUCAGAAGCACGAAGAAGAUGCUCAAAUUGCAAAUGAAGAGGAGGAAGAUAAAAUUUUUGUUGCACCCUGUUUUUCAACCAAUGCUUCAAGUGAAUCUUGGUUAAUUGAUAGUGGUUGUAUCAACCACAUGACCUUUGACAAGGCACUCUUUAGAGAUAUGAGGCCAACUGAAAUCACCAAAGUCAAAAUAGACAAUGGUGAUUAUAUCCAAGUCAAAGGAAAGGGGAUAGUUGCAAUUACAAGCUGUGCAGGCACAAAAUUUUAUUCCAGACGUCCUUUUCGUUCUUGAAAUUGACCAAAAUUUGUUAAGUAUUGGUCAACUGAUUGAAAGAUGAUUUAGGCCCUGUUCUUUUGAGGGAAUUUGAGAGGAUGGAUUUGGGGGGAUUUGAGAGGAUUUGAAGAUAAUUUUUUUUGUCGUUUAUUUGAAUGAAUUUGGAGGUAAAUGAGAGUGAAUUUGGAAAUAAAAUUUGUGAGAAUUAGUAU